AUGGUAACUGCCCUUAUGCCCAACAGGGUGCGUUGUGAUGGAAAACACACUCUGCCGAUAGAAAAACCUGAAAUUCAGUAUCAAGUAUUUUCACCAUUACUCUGUCAGAAGUGUAAUGCAACAUCGCAGGGUGGAGUUCUAACAAAUGAUGGGGAUACAUUAAUAAUCGAUUUGAUCUAUGACGAUAAAAACAAUAUACCAAUACUUAGCAAUGGACCCCUAAAGGGCAAGGCAUUUGGCCAGCUAUUGCGGAUAUCUGCUGUCGAAGCUGCCAUAACAUCGGGCCGUGUAAUAUGUGCUGGAAAACAUUUUGUACCGUACUAUGAGGAUGAGGUUAAAUUUGAAAAUAAAACAUUUCCCCCGUUGCUCUGUGAGAACUGUGAUGAACUAAUCGAACGUACGGUUGUAAUCAAUAAUGGUAAACAGGUGGUAUUCGAUGUGACCUAUAGCGAUACGAAGAAAAUACCCACUCUGCGAAAUGGGCCUUUGCUGGGAAAGGGGAAAUAUCGUUUACAUGGCAUCAACUUCAAUUGGCUAUAUAGUGCACCCGAUGAAUGGUCAUGGAGCAAUGUCAGCUUUCCGGCCGAAUUACACAUUACAUUUUACAGUCUGAAGUAUGGGAAUUUUGAAGCGGCCGUGAAUUCGAAUGAGGGUAUUACCAUACUAUCGAUGAUAUUUAAUGUCCGAAAACAAGCAGAGAAAUUUGUACCAUCUUUUAAAUCAGUAGUACCAGAGAUUAUUCACUCGCGCAGCAAUUUCAAUUUCCCCGCCGAGCCACCUAUCAAGCUGAGUGAUUUCCUACCACAGACACUGGAUUAUUUCCAUACCUAUAUGGGUACAAUGGCAAUGCAUGAUACCCCAUGGGAGUCGAAAUGCAAGGCCAAAGUAAUAUGGAUUGAUGUAGAGGACCCAUUAAAAAUUCCUCCUGAAGAUGUUUUGGAAUAUGCAAAGAUACGAGAUUUCAUCACUUUCCCACAAUUUCCACACAUUGAACGCUACACUGGCCCAAAAACC